AUGGCCAGAAAUCUUGGAGGAUUUCUGGUGCUGAUCGUUGCGGCAUUGAUCUACUCAUCUGCCGUUGCUUCUUCUGUCUUUCAACCGAUCUCCGAUUCUCACCGAUCUGCUGCUUUAGAGCUCUUCACGCCUCUUGAUGGAUCCUUUACCAGUUUAGAGGAAACAUACGAGGCGCUUAGGACGUUUGAGGUUCUUGGAAUUGAUAAAAAGUCUGAUAUCAGUACAGCUGCUUGCCAGUCUGUGUCGGAGAUCCUUGGUUCAUUGUCUUCUACUUUGAAGGAUUCAUUCUAUGCCUUAAAAGUCAACGGAAUAUUAAAGUGUGACAUCAAAGAGGAUGUUUUUGAGGGUGUUGCUUCAAGGCUACAAGCUGCUGCUGGUGGCGCAAGUGCUUUGCUUGAUUUUUACUAUUCCGUGGGAGGUUUAGUUCUUAUCAAGGAUCAAACUUCUAAAGGUGAUCUUUAUCUUGCCGAUGCUGAAGGAGUAUUUCGCUCCAUCAAGGUUGGUUAUUACUUGGAAUUAUGGGCCCAUGUGGGACUAGUUACUGACGUGGUGAGAGUUGGUGGGUUUAGUAGGUCCAGCACUGGUCUGCUUAGAAGUUUAUUCCACUAUGUUUUGGUUGACGCUUUAAGCCAGAGUGAUGGAAGAUGGCGCUAUAAUUCUAAUAAUCCUGAGUCUAGUACCUUUGCUGCUGGUUUAGCACUUGAAGCACUUGCUGGUAUUGUCUCAUUAUCAUCUUCUGAGAUCGAUCAAUCUCUGAUCGGUACAACUAAAAAUGAUAUAUUGAAGCUGUUUGACAGCAUUGAGAAGUAUGAUGAUGGGGCCUUUUACUUUGAUGAGAAACUGGUUGAUGUACUUGAACACCAAGGUCCUCUUUCAACUACAUCAUCUGUUGUUAGGGGGCUGGCAGCUUUUGCAGCUGUGACUUCAGGAAGCUUGAAUCUUCCAAGUAGCAAAAUUUUGGGUUUGGCAAAAUUUUUUCUUGGCAUUGGAAUUCCGGGUGAUGCCAAAGACUUGUUCAACCAAGUAGAUUCAUUGGCUUUUCUAGAGAGCAAUACGGUUUCCAUUCCACUGAUUCUAUCGCUUCCAGCUACGGUGAUUUCAUUAACUAAGAAGGAUGCACUUAAGGUUAAGGUGAAUACUGUGCUUGGUUCAAAUGCACCUGCUUUGACAGUGAAUCUUGUACGAGUUUUCAGAUCUGGUUCAAAGGAUACUUCAUUAAUUGAGAGUCAGGAGCUCAAGUUCGACCCUGAAAGUGCGGUCUAUAUGUUAGAUGCUUUGCCAAAGAGUGUUGAUGUUGGAAAAUACACUUUUGUUUUUGAGACGGUGCUUCAUGAUCCAGACCACAAAAACUUAUAUGCCACUGGAGGCCAAACACAAAUUCCAAUAUUUGUGACCGGUGUUGUCAAAAUUGAUAGUGCAGAAAUCGCAGUGCUUGACAGCGAUCUUGGGAGCAUAGAAACCAAGAAGAAGAUAGAUUUAGCUGGAGAAAAUGCCGUAUCAUUAUCUGCAAAUCACCUUCAGAAGCUGCGCCUCUCUUUCCAGUUGUCUACUCCUCUUGGCCAUGCUUUUAAGCCACAUCAGGCAAUUCUUAAGUUGACGCAUGAGACUGAGGUUGAGCAUAUCUUUGUGGUGGGGAGCUCUGGAAAACAGUUUGAGGUUAUUCUGGAUUUCCUUGGACUGGUUGAGAAAUUUUUCUAUUUAUCAGGGAGAUACAAUGUUCAGCUCACUGUGGGUGAUGCUGUUAUGGAGAAUUCUUUCUUAAAAGCCAUUGGUCACGUUGACCUAGAUCUACCAGAACCACCUGAGAAGGCACCCCAGCCUCCACCACAGCCUCUUGAUCCAAUCUUGAGAUAUGGUCCUAAAGCAGAGAUAACUCACAUCUUCAGGGCUCCUGAGAAGCUUCCACCUAAGGAGCUUUCUAUUACCUUCUUGGGUCUUGUACUUGUACCGUUCCUUGGGUUCUUGGUUGGGGAUGCCCCAUAUAGUACUUCUAGUAUUAUCAAGCUACUGCGUUUAGGUGUGAACGUGAAGAACUUCCCUUCCUCAUCUGUUCCUGCCAUGUUUGCUGGCCUCUUCCAUCUCGGCAUUGCAGCAGUUCUGUUGCUCUAUGCUCUUUUCUGGCUGAAGAUAGAUCGAGGUCCGGGCCCAGGCCCAGACAUUCUUGAAAGGAAUUUAACAAAUCAGCCUGUAUAUGGGACGAGAUCUAUAUACAUUGUCUGGGCUUAG